UUGUGUUGUAUGCACUAACCCUAACUGGAAAUGUACUUAUCAUUGCUACCACGUCGUUCAGUCUUGACCUGCACACUCCCAUGUACUUCCUCCUCAGUAAUCUCUCUUUCCUUGAGAUAUUUUACACCUCGGUCACCAUUCCGAAAAUGCUUCUUAAUGUUCUUUUAAAGACCAAUUCCAUUUCCUUCCUAGGCUGUGCUGUUCAGAUGUAUUUAUUUAUAGCUUUGGGCAGCAUUGAGUGCUCCAUGCUUGCCGUCAUGGCCUAUGACCGGUAUGUAGCCGUCUGCGAUCCCUUGCAUUAUGUGACUGUCAUGGAUCCUCCUACUUGUGUUGUUUUAGCCUUCGGCUCCUGGAUCAGUGGGUUCAUCAACUCGACAAUCCAUACCACCCGUACCUUUCAACAAUCCUUCUGUUCCUCUAAUGUCAUCAGCCAAUUUUUUUGUGAUAUCCGA